GUUAACAAAGAAAUCUGCCGUCACAAUGCGAAUCGCACCUGCCGGGUUUCUUUGAUGGUCACCAGCUAUCCGUUUGUAUCGGAUAGCAUCCUCUUCCUUGAAGCAAGCUGGUUGAUGCCAUCCAACGUGUCACGCUGACUACAUCAUGCUAUCACUUCGGUGAUUGCAUAUCUGAAGAAGACAGCUGCCGGUCGGCUUUGUGCAAGCAUUCAGCGCAGUGCCCUAUAAGACCUGUCUGUCUCUGCUCUAUGUCUUCAUUUGCUCUCGUAUGAGGUCUCGCAUCUUUACCGCCGUAUUCGACUCCUGAUAUCCACCAACAGAGCCCCCAGCAUUCGCCUUCCUCUCUCAUUGACAUGGUGUAGAUCUUACCGGACUUGACACCGGACCCAAGCACCAACAUGACGCCGGACACAUGGUAUCACACCGUCCGAGUGUCAUGCCUUCCGCCUGGCAUGUCCAAGGAGGAGUUUGGGAGGAUCCUCUCAAGCUUACCACACAGCAAUCUCAGCGAUAGGUCUCAGGACCCCAACGUCUGCUUUUGGUCUCUUACCUCACCAGUGUCGGGGACGUCGCAGUGUUGUAUCGCCACCGUCACUUUCUCCAGAGGGCAAAAUCUGCGCCACCUGGCGAGCAAACUCAAAGAAGCCAUUGGUGACAACGGUGUUCACGUGAGGGUGGAGGAUACAUUCCUCGGUCCAACCCCCUUGAUAGAUCCUGGGGACCUAGCAGAGAUUGACAUCAUCGCCAUCCAUGGCUUCGAUGGUCAUGCGUUCAAGUCCUGGGCGGCAGAAAGGGAACCUACCAUGUGGUUGCGUGAUUUCCUACCGGAAGCUAUUCCGAAAGCACGGAUUAUCACGUAUGGAUACGCCGCCAGGUUGUUGAAUGGUCAAUCCGAAGCUUCCCUUGGGGAACUGGCGGAUGACCUUCGACGGAUGAUCCACAUGGCCCGGCCCGGACAGGCAGUGAGUCGAUCCGCAGAACUGAACCUGGAUGGAUCCAGCGCUAACAUCACUCAGAAACAUCGACCGCUCAUCCUAAUUGAUCAUGACCUCGGAGGUCUCAUCAUCAAAAUGGCUUUGGUGCAAGCAUCCGAGGCAAAGAACAGCGACGCCGAUCAGGCCUUCUUCGUCUCUUCCUACGCAGUAGUCUUCUUCGGUGUGCCGCAGAGAGGCUUCCCCGACAAGUCUAUAACGGCCAUGGCGAAAGGCCAGCCAAACGAGAAGUUCGUGCGAAGCCUAGUCAUGAGUUCCGAUCUGCAAACGGAACUCCGCGAAUGCUUCAACAAUUAUUUCCAAUUGCCUGGCUCACAGGCCAUCUCCCUCUACGAAACCAUGCCUAUCCAUCCGAUAAAAAUCGUCAUCCCUGCCGAGAGUGCCAUUUUCACCAUCGCAAAGGAUAACGGAACCUCCAGGCACUUACCCAUCAAUGCCAACCAUUAUGACAUGAUCAGGUUCAACGACAAGUCUAGUUUUGACUACGACAAGUUUGUGACCGAACUUCGAAAAGGUCGCCGAGGAGGGACCACGGAUUAUAGCAGAACGAUUGGGUCGAGAAGUUACGAGGGCAAUCAUUGUACAUGUGAGGAAUCAGACGAUGGUUGA